GAGAGGGCUUGACUUGAAAACUGGAAGGAGGCGGAAGUGCAACAUUCAAGGGCAGCAUUUCACAUCCAAGGAUGCCCCUGACAUCCUCUCUCCAACCCUUCGCUGUGUCACUUUCAUGCCAGUUAGUGCAUGCCAAGAGGUUAGGAGGUAAUUUAGGGUUUUCAUUGCAAGGCGCUGUUCAAGUCACAGGGCUGCACACGGAUUUUCCACCAGAAAGGAGGUUGAUCGCGUGCUGUUUAGUUGGCUCUGCAGUCAUGGGAAUGGAAAGCACGUCUGUGGAAGGGCCUACUGUGGUGAAGGCCGCAUCUGACCAGCGGCAGUACCAAGUGCUGAAGCUGCCGAACGGAUUGACGACAUUGCUGAUUCACGAUCCUGCUAUGUCAGGGCCGCAGCCUGAAGAUAGUCACGCUUGUGGUGGGGGUGCUUGUAGCCAUGACCACAGCGACGAUGACGAUGAAGACCAUGAGGAUUACGAGGAAGGUGAAGAAGAUGACGAUGAGGGAGAGGACGACGACGACGACGAUGAUGAUGAAGACAGUGAUGGCAUGGAGGUGGAUGGUGCCAGAGGCCGCAAACGGGAUCAUGGGCACGUGCUGAAGCCUUGCUGCAGCAACGGAGAUUGUGAGGAAGGAUGUGAUGAGGAGAGCGACGAGGUUGAUGAGGAGGAAACGGACGAGGAUGAGGACGACGACGGUGCUCAUGGUGGUGCCCAUGGUGGUGCAAUGCAGGCGCCUACUAAAAAGGCAGCUGCAGCCAUGUGUGUAGGCGUAGGAAGUUUUUCGGACCCCUCUGAUGCACAGGGUUUGGCUCAUUUUCUUGAGCAUAUGCUGUUCAUGGGGAGUGAAAAGUUUCCAGAUGAAAAUGAGUACGACAAUUUCUUAUCUAAGCAUGGCGGUGGUUCAAAUGCGUUUACGGAUACAGAAUUCACAUGUUAUCACUUCGAAGUCAGCCCUAAUCAUUUACAACCAGCUCUUGACCGGUUCUCCCAAUUUUUUAUCGCACCUCUGGCUAAGCCGGAGACUAUGGAUCGUGAAGUUCAGGCUAUAGAUUCAGAGUUUGAGCAGGUAUUGCAAAGCGAUGCUUGCCGUCUCUUGCAGCUGCAGUGCCACACUGCUAAACCAGGCCAUCCCUUCCGGUCAUUUUCAUGGGGAAAUAAGAAGAGCUUAAGCGAGCCAAUGGAAAGAGGCGUGGAUAUGAGGAGUAAACUUAUCCAGCUUUAUAAAGAUCAUUAUUUGGCCAGUCGUAUGAAACUGACUGUCCUUGGUGGAGAGCCGUUGGAAACACUGAAGGAAUGGGUCAUGGAGCAUUUUGGUAAGGUGAAAGACGGUGGCCAAACACCUCUGAGAUUUCCUUGGGACGGUCCUGUUUGGGAACCAGGAUCACUUUAUCGAGUUGAGUCCGUCAAGGAUCAGCACUUAAUUGCUUUGACUUGGCCCUUUCCUUGUCUUGAAGCGGCCUAUUUGAAAAAACCUCAGGACUAUAUUUCUCAUUUAAUUGGCCAUGAGGGCGCUGGAAGUUUGUUGUCUCUCUUGAAAGCGAAAGGUUGGGCAACAGGGCUCUCAGCUGGGGUUGGGGAGGGAGGCUAUGAUCACAGCUCAGCUGGCUAUAUGUUUUCUGUCAACAUUUGGCUUACCGAUUCUGGUCUUGAGCAUGCUUUGGAUGUUGUUGGAGUGCUCUAUCAGUAUGUGAAAAUGCUUCGAACAACUGGGCCGCAGAAAUGGGUAUUUGACGAGCUUCAAGCAAUGGGCAUGAUGGAGUUUCGCUUUGCUGAGGAAGAAUCUGCAGAUCAAUACGUUGUGCGCCUUGCAUCAAACAUGCACAUCUAUCGUGAGGAACAUACCAUUUACGGAGAUUAUGCAUUUGAGGAGUGGGAUCCGGAGCUUGUGGCUGAUCUCAUUGAUCGAGUCAAUCCAUAUAAUAUGCGCCUUGAUCUCGUGACUAAGAACUUUGACAAGAAUAGUCCUGGUAUCCAGUAUGAGCCCUGGUUUGAGGUGCCGUACACAGUUGAGAAACUUUCGGAUGAUAUUCUUCAACGGUGGGCAAAUCCUGAACAAGUUGAUCCUGCCCUAAGCAUGCCUGUAGUGAAUGCUUUCAUUCCACAUGAUUUCACCAUUAAAACAGGAAAAACUGAUGCCCCAAGUCCAGAUAUUCCGAAGCUGCUGUUGGAUGAGCUAGGUUUGAAGGUGUGGUACAAACUAGACCGAACCUUCAAUACUCCUCGUGCCAACACCUAUUUCUCAGUUACAUGCAAGGCUGCAAGCCAAAAUAUCCGGAGUAUUGUGUUGACAGAGAUUUAUGUCAAGUUGCUUGAGCACGAGUUGAAUGAGACUAUUUAUCUGGCAAAUGUAGCUAAGCUGGAGUCCUCCAUGACUUUUAGUGGCGACAAACUGGAUCUCAAACUCUUUGGUUUUAAUGAGAAGCUCCCAGUUCUUGCUAGCAAAAUCGCUGAGCUUCUUACCUCUCUGGUUCCCAGGCUAGAUCGCUUCCAGGUAAUCAAAGAGGAUUUGGAGCGUGGAUACAGAAAUACGAAUAUGAAACCCUUGAAACACUCUGCAUAUCUUAGGUUGCAAGCCUUGAAGGAACGAUUUUGGCCUGUUGAUGAGAAGCUAGCGUGUCUGUUAUCCUUAUCAGUAGCUGAUGUGUCGGCACAUAUCCCUCAUCUCUUCAGCGAGACUUAUAUCGAAGCACUCUGCCAUGGAAACCUGUAUGAGGAGGAAGCACUUGGUAUUACAAAUAUAUUUAAGCAAUCUUUAGUCAAAACUGCUCUGCCAGCUGAAUCAAGGCCGGUAGAGAGGAUAGUAAAACUGGACGCAGGCAGCGCAAUUCUACACACUGCCACUGUGAAAAACGAGGCUGAGGAAAACUCUGUUGUCGAGAUGUACUUUCAACUGGAGAAAGAUCUUGGAAAGGAGUCGUUAAGACUUAGGGGCAUUAUUGACCUGUUUGAGCAAAUGGUCCAUGAACCAUGCUUUAAUCAACUUAGAACAAAAGAACAGUUGGGAUAUCGUGUCGACUGCGGUGUCCGUGUCACGUACAAGGUCCUUGGCUUCUGCUUUCGAGUGCAAUCAGCCAAAUACAAUCCAGUGUUCGUGGAGCAGCGAAUCAAUGCAUUUAUUACCUCUCUAUCACAGAUUUUGAGCGAUGUUCACGAUGAUGAGUUCAGCAACUACAAGGAAGCAUUGAUUGAGGAAAAGCUUGAGAGAGACCACUCUUUAGUAGAUGAGACAGAUCGUCACUGGGAACAAAUUUGGGAUCAAAGGUAUUUGUUUGAGGCACGUAAGCUGGAGGCGGCAGAAAUAAUGACCAUUGAAAAGAAAGAAAUCUUAGACUUCUUCACGAAGUAUUUUUCUCCUUCUUCACUUGGACGUCGCAAGUUGAGCAUCCAUAUUUGGGGGGGUAAUGCCAAAUCUGAGAAGGGAGAUAAGCUAGCAAACUCUUUUAAAGAUGUUACAGUUGUAGACGAUUUGAGUUCAUUCAAAGCAAAGAUAGAAUUGUAUCCUUGAGCUUUUGGAGCUAAUCUCCAAAACCUAGGAUCGAAAUUUUAUUUGUUUGUGCAGUAAGAUUAAGUUCCACAUUUGAUGAUAAUUUUUAUGCACAUCAAUUCAGAGCAUUAUUUCUUGUUA